AUGGCCGAUAGAGAGGAGAGAGGGAAAGAGAAUAUCAGGCGUGUGCGCGGAUUCCGCCGGGUUUAUGCAAUCCGACUCACGAUUGAAUUUCGAGUCCGGGCCGGGAUUCAUCGCACGCGGGCAGACCGGCUGGAUCCGACCGGGAACCAAGUUGGCAUGGGCCGCAUGGCGGAUUCGCCUUGCAUAAAGACGUGUCCGCUUUCCACAAAGUCUCAGUCGUUUAAUUUCGGAACCAGACUUUUAGUUCGAAAAGCGAACACAUCUUCUCUUCCCAAUCGCCGACGAUCCUCCCUCGUCCCCUACCAUACUGUCGCCGUGGCUUCCAACGGGCCACAGUCCCUCCACCGCCGGAAAAUUCCAGCAACCAAUCCGCCCCGAACCCUACCCUCUGCCCGGACUCGAGCGGCCGACGAUAUCGUCCUCCCCUUCUGGCAACAGAAUUGGUUCCUUCUACUCCUCUUUCUGAUGGCGCUUUCCUUAUUCGGCCUCGCCAUCUUUCUCUACUUCAGUUUACAGCUCGAAGAGGGAGCCCCUAUUCCUACGUCUGCGGUCGCUUCCGAGGGCGUGGCGAUAUCAUAUGGAACGGUUCUUAAGCUUAUGCACGAGAGGACCAAAUUUCGGCUGCACUCUCAUGAGGUUCCAUACGGGUUGGAGGCGAAGGAGCUGCGACUUGCUCAAAGUCUAUCUCCCACGAAGCAAGUGAAGUCGAACAUCAACCAAGAAAAGUAG